GGCAGCAGGAACGAGUGACGACAACGUGCUAAUGAGUUAGCCGGCUCCGCUAACUGCUGUUUGGUGCGGGGGACGUGAACUAUAUAUGAUUUACAAGUCUAAUCGUGGAUACGUCAUAUUUUAUUUCACUUUAGCACUCUAAGUUAUAACUAUGCCCAGCAAAAAGAAGAAAUACAACGCUCGAUUCCCUCCGGCAAGGAUUAAGAAGAUAAUGCAGACAGAUGAAGAAAUAGGCAAAGUGGCCGCAGCAGUUCCUGUUAUUAUUUCAAGAGCCCUUGAGCUAUUUUUGGAGUCAUUGCUUACAAAGGCUUGUCAGGUCACCCAAUCAAGGAACGCAAAGACAAUGACAACGUCACAUUUAAAGCAAUGCAUUGAGCUGGAACAGCAGUUUGAUUUCUUGAAAGACUUGGUGGCAACGGUGCCCGACAUGCAGGGUGAGGGCGAAGAGAACCACACUGAGGGGGGAGGAGAAAAAGUCCAGCGCAGGGGUCGAAGACCAGGGUCUGGUCGCAAGAAUGGGGGUGCUGGCUCCAAAGGCAAGGACAAGAAGCUGUCUGGAACAGAGUCUGAGCAGGAGGAUGACUCUGAAGACAGCGAAACAGACGGAGACGAGGAGGAGGACGGCCCUCGGCCGAGCUUAAAUCAGCAGGCUGCAGCCGAGUUCCACAGCUCCAGCGCGCCCCCCCAGUACAUGCACAUGGGCAGCAUGGCUCCAGCGCAGCCCCCCGGCAGCAUGGCCUUCACUCCUCAUCCUUCUAUGAUGACCAACGCGCCGCCUCCUCCUCCAGCACCAGUACUGCACAAAAACCAGGACGACGAUGACGACGAUGAUGAAGACUAUGACUCUUAGCUCCCCCACCUCUCUUCACCCCCCUUUGUUACCCACAGAAUCUCAAAAUUAUUUUCAGAUGCUUCAGUUGAUCUUCCACCAGCUGCUCUACGUGGAGGGAAAGACUUCAUUGCAGCCAAGCGACAAAGACGCUGUAAAAGACAGCCAAGUGACAAAACUUGAUCUUCAUUUAUAUGUUUUAAAUUUUUUUUUAAAGGUUUUUAUUUUAUUGUGGAGUCCAUUGUGGAUAUUUUUUAAAAAGUCAGUUUAACUUUUGACUAGUGAACAUGGCAGUAAUCACCGUUUUUUGCUAUGAACCCCCUGCACAUUUGAUAGACAGUUUGUGUUGCCUCGCAGCUUUUUCGUACGGAACUUUUCUUUCUUUCUCAGUUCUUCAUAGUAGAUAUUUGUGAUUGUGAACAUAUCAGUUACUCAGAUCCUCAGGUUGUCUGGAAAUAUUCCAUGAGUGAAAGUUAAAGCUUUAUUAUAGCCUUAGCUCACACACAGACGAGUGGCUAAGAUGCGUUCAGGGCACCGGUUUGUGGAGAAUCAUAGUAGGUGAUUGGCACUCAUUUAAAAGGACUUGGAGUCACUGUCUUGCUGCUGAGGAAAACAUUAACUUUAUAUUUUUGGGCUAUUGAAUAUUGCUGCCAAUCUGCCACGUCAUGCUGAUUAGGAAGGAAGUAUUUUUCUUUUUUUUUUCUUUGCUAAUUAUUAGUAAGCCAAAGUUGUUUUUUUUUAGUUUUCUUUAUUUAUUUUUAAAUUAGUUUCACUUUUUUAAAAAGUCACUUUUAUCAAGGGAUCUGUAAAAAUCCACAAGUAAGGCCCUGAAUUUAACCUCAUCAUGAAGUGAAUUAUAUACAAAGUAUUUUGAGUGUCGAAAUCAUCUUGUUGAUUUUGAUGCUACUGCCAGUUGUUGCUUAGCCAGUUGGAGCUUGUAUAUUAUUUUAUAUGGCCAUGAAAUCCCCCUGAAUUGUCCACGAGAUGCAUCCAGGGUACUGUGACUCCAGGACCAUAGUUUUGUUUUUAAAGUUCUUUUUCCCUCUUCGUCCUUUCUAAUUUCUAUUGUGGCCGCCCCACCAAUUUUUGCUCCUUAAUCUUGAACAUCUGUUUCCCGUCUUUUAGAUUGUUUUAAAUGACAGCAGAGAUGGGUUCCCAUCUAUUUGUCAGUCUGUGUAUGAAAUGGUUGAGAACAGACAGUUCACACUGUAUUGUAAACUUUUAACAUUCUUUUUAUUUUGUAUGGAUCAAAUAAAGUUCAUAUUUCAA